ACACGGGUAGUGCUGCUGCAAAUAAAAAGAAAAGGCCAACCUGGCAUCAAGGCCUGGUGAACACCUAUAAGCCCUGCAGCAGCUUCUCUUCUUUUCCCCUGCUUGCUCUCCACUUUACUUUACAAGCAAUCACCUCAAUCAUGGUGCGCACAUCGACCCUGUUCGCCGCUACGGCUGCUCUGGCCCUCAAUGCGCGCGCAGAGAGCAUGUACCCCAAGAACAGCGCCGUCGUCUCGAUUAACGGCAUGGACUACGACCGAGUCAUUGCAAAGUCAAACUACACCUCUAUUGUCGAAUUCUACGCGCCAUGGUGUGGCCACUGCAAAAACCUCAAGCCCGCCUACGAAACAGCGGCUAAGUCUCUUCAAGGAAUAGCCAAGGUCGCCGCCGUCAACUGCGACGAAGAGAUGAAUAAGCCUUUCUGCGGAAACAUGGGUGUCCAGGGCUUCCCUACUCUCAAGAUUUUCCGUCCCAGCAAGAAAUAUGGCAAGCCAACAAUCGAGGACUACCAGGGUCCUCGAUCAGCCAAGGGCAUCGUCGAGACUGUCAAGGACAAGGUUCCCAAUUCAGUCAAGAGGGUAAACGACAAGAACCUCGAUGAAUGGCUACAAGAGAACAAGGACACCGCCAAGGCUAUUCUGUUCAGCGAAAAGGGAGUUGUCAGCGCCACACUCAGGGCACUGGCAAUUGAUUUUGCUGGCAUCGUCUCAGUUGCUCAGGUUAAGAAGGCCGAGAAGGCAGCGGUUGAAAAGUACGGCAUCACCGAGUAUCCCACGCUGAUCCUCAUUCCCGCCGGCUCAGACACGCCGAUCAAACAUGAGGGCAAGGUCGACAAGGCGGCCAUGGUCAAGUUCCUGUCUCAAGUCGCCCCGCCAAACCCCGACUGCCCGCCUCCCAAAGAGAAGAAGGCAAAAGGCAAAAAGGAUAGCAAGAAGGAUUCCAAGGCCUCGAGCAAAUUCUCCAAGGCUUCGGCUGCUCACAAGGAUGCUGAAGCUUCUUCGGCUGCCGCAUCAGCGACAGAAGAGACCGUGGAGCAAUCUACGGAGUCGCCCGAUCCAAACAUCAAGGACGAGGACACUCCAAACCCAGUUGUCAUUCCUGAGGAAGAACUCAAGCCAACGAUUCCCUUGAUCGCUGAAUCUGCCGAGCUGCAAUCCAUGUGCUUGACCGACCAAAGCAAGACGUGUAUCCUGGCACUCUUGCCCAAGGAUGAGACCUCGGAAACCGCCACUACCGCCGUCGCUUCUCUCGCUUCUAUUCACAAGAAAUACGAUGUCGCCGGAAGCCAUCUGUUCCCCUUUGUCAGCGUUGCCUCCGCUAAUCCUCUGGCCGCUAACUUGAUUGCGGAGCUGAGUCUCGGAAGCGCAGACCAAGUCCACCUCAUUGCCACUAACGGCAAGCGCGCGUGGUAUAAGAAGUACUCGGGCACCACCUUUGGACUUCAGGAGGUUGAGCAAUGGGUCGAUGCCAUCCGUAUGGGAGAGGGCAAGAAGGAGAAGCUGCCAGAUUCGCUUCUAGUGCCCGGUGAAAAGCCAAAAGCUAAGAAGGUCAAGGAAGAAGUCCAUGAGCAGGUUAAGAUUCAGGUCGAGGAGGUUGAGGAAGACGCGCCCGAACAUAACGAGCUUUAAUUAAUGUGUUUUGAGAAGUGUAGUGCAGUGGUUUCUCCAAGAGACGUGUAUAUCAAAGUGUUUAUUAUUAUAGCUGGAUUUUCUUGAAUGCCUUUCUCCUUGACCUA